AUGAUCAAUGCCGUCCGUCUCGCCGGCUUGGCCGCCCUCGCCAGCGUAGCAGCCGCAACAGAGCAUGCAUUUGAGAGCAGCCCUUUUAACGUCGCCAAGGCCCUCCGGGAUCAUGGUGUCGACUUCUCCAAGAUCCCUGAACUCUCCGGGUGCCGCGCUCUGGGUAACGUCUACGGCGACCAUACCGUCUAUAGGGAAAGCCCGAAUGCUACGCAGUACUCGGAUUUUACCGGCAAGUACUGGUCAAAGAUCCAGAGCGAUGUCGACCCUCACUGCAUCUUCGUGGCCCCCACGGCUGACUCCGUGUCCGUCAUGGUGCUGCUGUCGCGCUUGACACAAUGUCCCUUUGCCGUCAAGAGCGGUGGUCAUGGUGCUUUUGCCGGCGCCUCGAACAUCGAGGGCGGCAUGACCGUGUCACUCGAGAUGCUCAGGAACGUCACCCUGUCGGACGGCAAGGAGACGGUUGUCAUCCAGCCCGGAAACACCUGGUCGGACGUCUACACGGCACUCGAUAAGCACGAGCUGACCGUCACCGGCGGUCGCGUCUCGAGUGUCGGCACCGGUGGCCUGACUCUCGGAGGCGGCAUCUCCUUCUUCUCCAACCUGCACGGCUGGGCAUGCGACAACGUCGUCAGGUACGAAGUCAUCACGGCAUCGGGCGUCAAAGUUGACGCCACGCCAACGUCGCAUCCCGACCUGUAUUGGGCGCUCCGUGGUGGCGGCAACAACUUUGGCAUCGUGACAGCUUUUACCUUUGAGACGCUGCCCCUCCCCGACGCCAAGAUAUGGGGUGGCAGCAAGACGUACCUGGAGGCGGCGUUUGAGGACGUCGAAAAGGCCUACCACAACCUGGUGGUCAAUUCGCCCCAGGACCCCAAUGCCGGCAUGUGGCUGGCAUGGGCGCAGAUGGACGACCUCAAGGUGGCCGUGGCGGAGCUGUACUACGCCAAGCCCAACGGCAGCGAGUCGACGCUGUUCAAGGGCUUCAAUGAGGCCAUGGCCGUCGAGGAUACGACCAAGGAGCGGGUCGUGCACGAGUACACGGACCUGAUCGAGGCAUCGAACCGCUACGACCUGCGCGAGCUGUACUGGGCCAUCACAGCCAAGGCGACUCUGGAGCUGGCCACGUUCGCCCGCAACACGUUCUACGAGAAGCGCUCGGCUGUCAGCGGCGUCGCUGGCGCCGACCCGGUGCUCAUCAUGCACCCCAUAACCGAGGGUCAGAUCGAGAGCAUGAGCAAAAAUGGCGGCAACGCCCUGGGCGUCACACCCGAGGACGGCCCUCUGUAUAUCAUCCAGAUCGCCAGCUGGUGGGAUGACGCCGAAGGCGACCAAGCCAUGUACACGUUCGCGUCCGACGUCAUCUCCACCGUUGCCGCCAAGGCCGAGGAGCUCGGCGUCGACAACGACUACGUCUACAUGAACUACGGGAGCAAGUACCAGAAUGUCAUUGCCAGUUAUGGUGCUGAGAACGUGGCCAAGCUCAAUGCCAUUUCUAAAAGGUACGAUCCUCAAGCUGUCUUCCAGAAGCUUCAGCCCGGUUACUUCAAGCUCAACCGUUCACCUGCACCCGGCUCGGAGCUUUGA